CGGUCUUGGUGGGUCAACUAGAGGCUUGGAAGCACAGUGAGAGAGUGUUGAGAGAUGAGUGCAUAUUUGAUCCCAGCCAUUCAUCUACUUGUGUUUCUGUCAUGCACUUCCCUUUUAGCUGUGUUUAGCUGUGAGAAUGAUAAAGUGCAUGCGAAAGAGAUUCUUGGGGCAGCCCAGAAGGAAAAGGAUUGGUUGGUUUCAGUGAGAAGGAAGGUCCAUGAACACCCAGAACUGGCUUUUCAAGAACACAACACUAGUACUCUUAUAUGCUCCGAACUUGACAAACUUGGCAUAUCUUACACAUACCCAGUUGCCAAAACCGGCAUUGUUGCCCAAGUUGGCUCUGGUUCUCGCCCCAUCAUUGCUAUUCGGGCUGACAUGGAUGCACUCCCCAUGCAGGAGCUUGUUGAGUGGGAACAGAGCAAAAUCGACGGCAGAAUGCAUGCAUGUGGACACGAUGCUCACACCACAAUGCUACUUGGGGCUGCAAAGUUGCUGAAUCAGCGGCAAAAUAAGCUUCAGGGAACUGUGAGAAUUCUUUUUCAACCCGCUGAGGAGGGAGCUAGAGGUGCGGCUCAAAUGAUAAAAGAAGGAGUUCUUCAAGAUGCAGAAGCAAUUUUUUCUGUUCAUAUUAGUACUAUGACACCUACUGGAGUCAUUGCAUCCAGUGCGGGGCCUUUUACAGCUGCUGGAUGCAUGUUUGAGGCAAAAAUUGUAGGAGUAGAUGGUCAUGCUGCAACACCGCACGAGAAUAUAGAUCCAAUUGUGGCUACAUCAUUUGCAAUAUUGGCACUACAACUGCUUGUCUCAAGGGAAAGUGAUCCUCUUCACAGUCAAGUGGUAUCAGUUACAUAUGUCAAAGGUGGAACUGCAUUAAACGUGAUCCCGUCCUAUGUAAAAUUUGGAGGCACUCUGAGGAGCCAGACAACUGAAGGCAUGUAUCAUUUAAGGCAGCGAUUAAAGGAGGUUAUUGAAGCACAGGCAGUUGUGCACAGAUGUAAUUCUUAUGUUGAUUUCAAAGAAGAGGACUUCACCCCAUAUCCAGCUGUAGUUAAUGACAAAAAUUUGCAUCUGCAUGUGGAAAGAGUUGGUCAACUUUUGCUUGGUCCAGAAAAUGUCCAUGCAGGCAAAAGGGUGAUGCCAGGUGAAGACUUUGCGUUUUAUCAAGAAGUGAUUCCCGGAAUAAUGUAUUCCAUUGGAAUCAGAAAUGAAAAAGUGGGAGCAAUUCACUCCCCACACUCCCCUUUUUUCUUUCUUGAUGAGGAAGUUCUUCCAUUAGGGGCAGCUCUUCACACUGCUGUUGCUGAGUUAUAUUUAAAUGAGCAUAAGCAUACUGUUUAGUGAAAUUCAUUUGAUUAUUUCUGAUGAAAGUUUCUAUAUUUAAGGAACAUGCACAUAUUUCCUUAAGUGUGUGUUCGGAUUAGCUAAAAAAAAUAAAAAUUAUUU